AUGGCAUUGACAGAGUGGCUAAGAAACGAUACAGAUACGGUUCGGAUGCCCAAGGGACUUACCAGGAAGGGCGGUGGCUUUGAGUGCGCGACUGGGAAGGAUUGCGUGCAUAAGGGCGCGAUGUUCUGGGACUGCCAUGGGAAGAAGUCUAAAGAGUUUGCCCACUGUGGACCUCCAGAGCAACCAGAGAUAGAUUUCAGGGACAACUUCAUAGAACCCUAUGCGACCGAGUGGAGACAAAAGCAAUCUCAGAAGAAGAAUGUAAAGAUCAAAGAUCCUGAUGUUGAAAAGAGGAUAGAGGAUAUAAUGGGGAAGAAGAGGAGAUAG